GUUUAUCUCUGUCCGAUGAUAACGAGAAGUGCGUGUGGAGAUAGAGAAUUCUUGGGAAAAAAGAAAAAGAAAAUAGGAAAUGUUAACUGUAACUGUAGCUCCUGCGAAAAUCAGUUACUUGAGGUCGUUGCCAUCUUGGCCGGCGAAUACGACGACACCUCGUUUCUUGAAGCCUGUAAACUGCAGCCCUCCUCUCCAGCAGCAAGUCCAAGAAGAACAGCAGCAGUUGUAAUGAAGGUUGCUUCAGGAAUAAUGUGUGAACCUUGUAAUGGAAAAGGAUGGCUUCUUUGUGACUUCUGUAAAGGGCUAAAAACCAAUGUUAAAGCUGAUAACAAGAGACUUUACCGUCGUUGCCCUUCUUGCAGAGCAAUUGGAUAUGUGCUGUGUUCAAAGUGCAAAGUUUUCAAGUGUGUAACUUUCCCAAAUUAUAAUGAUGGUGAAGACCCUUCGCUUUGAGCUUAGCUAGCAUGAUGGCAUAACCAAGGAAGAAAUAUUCAUGACUCAACUAGUUAUUCUCACUUUAAACACCUUGAUUGUUGUGAGGAGCUUAUGAUCUCCAGGUUACUGUCUUCUCCUUCAGUAUGAUUUUUUUUCCCUUCGCGAAAGAUUUUCGUCAAGGGGGUACUUUGUAAUGUUCAUAUCAAGAGUAAUGCAAUUGGUUGAUUGAAUGGCUCUUUGUUGAGCAAGUAA